GAGUUUUAGUUAUCAUCAUCAUAAUCUUGGUUAUGCCAAAUAUGUCAUCACCGUUGAAUGCCUCCACUUGUUCAUUUCCAAAGGAAGAGGAAGAGGAGGUGAAUUUGAAUGAUGUGGAUUUGAUAUGUGCCGAUAUGGAUGGUACGUUAUUAUCACCAUCACAUAAUAUACCGGAUAUUACAUUUAAUAGGAUUAAUAAAGCUGAUAAUAAUGGAUGUCCGGUGGUGCCCGCUACGGGAAGGUGUCGUUGGUCAGCAGCGAAGUGCUUUGCACGAGGAGGAGUUGACUUGUCCGCCCGACCCGGUAUCUAUCUGAACGGUUGCGUCGUUUACGAUCACACCGGCGCUGUGGCGGCGGAGAAGACUCAUUCAUAUGAAGAUGUAGUUUCAGUAGUGGAUAAAUUCAAAGACGAGAAGAACGUCGUUGUGAUGUGCUGUAGCGGCGACCACGUUUAUGCCCCUUUCGAUUCGCCCGUAGUGGCAUCGCUCUUUACAACGUACGGUGAUCCUUACCCGGAGGACUGCGGAUCGUAUGAAGGGAUGCUGAGGAAAAUCAAAGAGGAUAAAAUAUCUGUCCAUAUGAUUCAUAUCAUGUCCACCGAAGGUCCACUCUCGGCUGCUGUGCUCGAAAAAGCUCAGAAUUUUGCCAAGUCGAGGGGAUGUACGUCAGCUCAGUCCCUGCCCUUCCUCACCGAUAUAAUCCCCGCUGGUGCUCAUAAGGGCUUUGGGGUCGAUGCAUUGAAAGAAAAACUGGGCUAUAAAUGUGUGGCGUGUGUUGGUGAUGCUCUUAAUGACUACCAAAUGCUUCAAGAAGCGGACAUCUCGGUCGCUAUGGGAAACGCGAUUCCUCAAAUCAAGGAGUUGGCAUCGUUUGAAGUGAACUCGAAUUCAGCUGAAGUGCCCGGAGUGGCAGAUCUUGUUGAUAGAGUUCUUACUGCCAAGCAAGCUUAA